GUUCUUCAUGUCAGGGACUGCUGUAGCCUCAGCACUUGUAAUAGCCCUUGGAUCAUCUAAGAUAAGCAAAUGGAUGAGAAACAGCUGAACGAUCCCCUGAAUAAUGUGUCACUUAUUAAAGGUGAGCUCAACCGGUCCAACAUGGGGUCAUCCGGUGAGUCAGAGAAAAUCAUCCAGCGCUUGAACGAUGAACUUCGAGACGCCCAGGAGCUAGCCAAUUCUGAGAAACUGAAAUGCUUGGAGCUACAAGGUCUCUUGGAGGAAGAGAGAAAAGAAAAUAAGCAUCAAGCUGAUGAAUCUGCAAAACAGAUUAAACUUCUUCAAGGCCAGCUGCGGCAGCUCCAAGAAGAAAUGGGCACUCUCCGGCAGCAGAGAGACAACGCUUCCUCCAGUUCACGUGAUGAACUGCAAAGUGCACGUGAUGAGGUGAAGUCACUGCAACGUGCCCUGGAGGCAGCCACUGCCGAGCGGGAGCGGGAGGUCACUGCUAUCCAGGCUAACCUAGCAACCGUCACCAAGGACCUGGACAAAUGGCGUCAGGCUGCCAACAAAUAUGAGCAUGAGAUUGACAACCUUCAGGGUGACCUUCAGCAACAGAGCAAGCAGUGGCAGAAAACUGCAGAGAUACAAGCCAGUGAAUUGCAGUCCAUGCAGAAGGAGUGUAAUGGCCUUCAGAGGGAAUGUUCUGCCCUGCGAUCUGAAAAACAGGACAUGGUGAAUAAGCAUCAGAAGGAACGGAGCAGUCUGCAGAGUGAAUGUGCUGCCCUCCGGUCCGAGAAAGAGGAACUCCUCAAGACUCACCAGAAAGAGAGGGGCAACCUGCAAAAUGAAAGUGUAGGCCUGCGCUCUGAGAAAGAGGCAUUGCUGAAGAAACAGCAGCAGCUAGAGAGGGAACUUGCAAGUUCACGUACUCAGAAUGAUGUGCUGAACAGCAGUCUCAAGGCUCUAGAAAGAUCCCAGGAGGAGCUGGAGAAGAGGCUGGGCACUCUGCAGCAACAGCACCAGCAGGACAGCACCAGGCUGCAGGCCCAACUGGAUGAGGCAGACAACCGCACCAAAGACCUGCAGAGAGAGUAUGAAGAGGCUAAGAAUGAGCUGUCAGACCUCAAGGAAAAAUAUGAGAAGACUGAGCAGGAAAAACAGUCAGUCACAGAUGAACUGGAGGAGUGCAAAGCCAACAUGAAGAUAUUACAAGAGAAGGGAAUGAAGAAACCGUGGAUGAUCUGGGUGCCUGCGGUUGCUGUGGCUCUAACAGCUGUGACUGCCGCUGUGCUCUUGAGGACCUGAGGGCUACACAUGCAACUGCACACAAACACACACACACGCGCACACACACGCGCACACACACACACACACACACACACACACACACACACACACACACACACACACGCGCACACACACACACACACACACACACACUUAAUCUCACAAGGGAAUCCAUACUUGUUGGCAGAUUUCUUCACCCCGAAACUGAAAACCUCCUUGUUAUAUCUGCACUAUUAAUUUAGGAGGGCUCAUACUUACACUGUUUAAUUUUUAAGAUGCUAUAUUUUAGAUUGCAGAGGAGUUAAUAAAAGAAUGUUCAUUAUAUGUGCAAAUGAUUAAGUUUGAUCUUUGUACAUUUGUUGUUUUAGGAAAUCUAGGAGGCCCAUUUAUGUUUGUUUGUUUUUUUACCAAUUUGCAAUAGGACCUGUAGAAUAUACAAUAUUGAAUGUAAAGAUACUGUACACUCUUCACUAAUGCAAUACAUUGUAUAUGCUGAUGAUGAUGAUGAUGAUGAUGAUGCAGAUGGACGACUUCGGCUUCCAGCUGCCCUAAACACAACACAUAUAUGUAACUGCCAAAUUAAUCGAAAUUUGUCACACUAGCAUAGCCCAUAAUCAAACGCAUGAUGAAUGCCUUUAGAUAGUUAACAGGUUCAACAGUGAUUGUGGUGGGCAUUGCUAAGAUAAAAUAUUGUCAUCUCUUAGCACGACCAAUUUCAAUAUGAAACUGGAUAACAAAAUAUGUCGGCACAGACAGUCUUGUAAUGGUGAAAAAUUUCAGGAUAUUGAUUGACUGAGUUCCACUCUCAUCCAUUUUCUGCCUUUUAGAUUUGGGCUCCUACUGGGCACGGAGUGAGGGCACUGGGGAGAGGCACUGAAACAGAGUUAUGGGCACUAUCAUAUAUCAGUUAAUGACUGCUUGAACUGCGUCACCCAGAGUGAUUAAUGGGACGUUCAAAAUGUAGCACACCUCGAACAACAUUUUUUCAUGUGCUAUGACAAAGUGGGACCGCAGCAUAUGAUCUAUGUAAACCCUUUUCUCUCAUGACUUACAGGAUCUAGUACAGGAUUAUAAGUGUCCAACUCCUUUGUGUUUGACCUCUGCUGUUACAUUUUUUGUUGAAGUGUUAUUGUUGAUAUGUGAUUUUAUUCCCCCCAUUAACAUACAUUUGCUUCUAAGCCAUAAAACACUGAUGAGAAAAUAUUAAAACCGUUCAAGAUCAUUUCUGUCUGUAUUAGUCGCUAUGUAUCAUUUUAUAUUAUUAGCUACACAGAUAAAAAUCGACUGCCAGGAACUCAGUUUGACAUUUCUGAAGGGGCUCAGAUACUGAGGAAGAAUAGAAGAAUACAUUCAAGAGUUGUUGUUAUGCACAGCCAUUGAAGAUGCUGGGUGAAAUAAUCGCAAUAGACAUUUAAUUGGUGACACUGGUGCAUUACUUGAUAACCAAAGGGAACUCUGUGGCAGACAGAAUCUCAGUUUUAUUUGAACACAUGGUAUUUGACAUUGUGUCACAUCCUGUCAGUAGCCACCACUAGAAACAGGUGUGAAAUACUUUUGAAAUACAUUGUGUUUUAUGACAUUGAUGUAACACUGAUUUUGACCUGUUAAGCUGCUCUUAAUGAGCCCAAACCUAAAUUUGGAGUUCAUUCACAAUUUUCUUUUGGUUAAAUAUUUGCACGCAUUUCACAUUACAUGAUUCUUGGGAAGGUCCAUUAUUUUAUCAUAUCUUAACUGAUUUACUGUAUUUAAUUUUGUCUUUAUUUCCCUGUAAAUAACUGCAAAAUGUAUUUUGUAAAGAAAUGGAAAGCUAUAGUUUCUUGAGUUCAAAGUUCAAUUGCUCUAAAAUGUGUGACCUCUAUUAAAGAUCAUAACAACAUAA